AUGCGUCAACGCAAAGGUGUGCCGACCCCUGUGGUCCCGUCCACCGCCGCAACGCACGCUGCAUACCCAGGCAGCUCGGGCAGCGACCACCACUCCGUGCACCAAGCGAGCUCAACGAACACCCGCGACCUCAACCACCGAGCAGCAGCCACUGCCGAUACGGAUACAGAUGCCGGAUCGUUUCAACGGCGCGCAAAUGUGCUGGAGGAAAUGGAGCACUCCCUCUACUACGCGCCGCAGCUCUUGUGGCUGCAGGUGAUGGAUCGAAUACCGUACGAGCUCACUCACUACUUUGUGUCCUCCCUCCCACUCCACCACGAGGUGAUGCUGAGUGGAAUUUGUGAGCAAUACGGACGCCCGUACUCCGCAGAGAAGCCGUGCGAUGUCGAGCUUCUGGGGCGCUUGUGGAACGGCCAUAGCAGGGUGAUGUUUGCGGCGGACAACCUGGUCUUCUCGGCAGCGGCUCACUCUGUGAAUGAUCGGUGGAAAGAGAUGGGCUUUCAAGGCACUGACCCCUCUACGGAUUUCCGUGGAGCCGGCAUUUUUGGUCUCGCACAGCUUGUGUACCUCGUGGAACACCACCCUGAGCAGUGGAGCGCAAUCCUGACUCCCGACUUCAUGGCCGCUGCCGCAGGGCUGAACGUGACGAUGCGCCUCGCGACACUGCUUGGCAUCAGCUCGUCCCUGAAUCAGUUCAGCACUUCAAUUCUCUCCACAUAUUCCGCGCGCGAAGCUCGUCGGCGGUUGUGCCGCUUCAUCUUCGAUCCGAACGUCGAUGUUGCCAUUCAGCGACUGAGCGAGGUCUACUGCUUUGCCAUGCGUCUUCUGCAUUACCGAUGGAUGCGCUCGACGCGCAACAUCAUGGAGCUGAAUCAGCAGCUUAGCAACAUGUACACAGAGCUGGACCGUCUGCUGUUUCUGUGUAAUACACUAGAGGAACUGUGCAGCCUCCUGUGA